UGUCAACGUCACUGGAAGGAGUCGCGCAUUGGUCUCAAACCUGUCCUGAACAGUCAGCCAGCAGCGGUGAAUAUAAAGCCGACCAACGUUUAUAGAAAUUUACACCACAGACACGAACAGAAGGAUGUCCGCAGCGUCUUACUCUGAACGGAUCACAAUGGGGCCCCUGGUCGCAGCUAUCGAUCAAGGCACAAGCUCGACUAGGUUUCUGGUGUUCAAUUCUAAAACAGCAGAGCUGAUCAGUCACCACCAGGUUGGGAUAAAGCAGAGUUUCCCUAAAGAGGGCUGGGUGGAAGAGGACCCUAAGGAGAUUCUUCAGUCAGUUUAUGAGUGUAUGGAGAGGACCUGCGAGAAGCUUGGCCAGCUCAACAUCGACAUCUCCAACAUUAAAGCUGUCGGAGUGACCAAUCAGAGAGAGACUACGCUGGUUUGGGACAAAGAGACAGGGGAACCACUCUACAAUGCUAUCGUUUGGCUGGACCUGCGCACACAGUCCACCGUGGAGAGGCUGAUCAACAGGGCCCCGGGCCAGAACAAGAACCAUCUGAAGCACAAGACUGGUCUGCCCAUCAGUACAUACUUCAGUGCUGUGAAGCUGCGUUGGCUCAUGGACAACGUGGAGGAGGUCGCCGAGGCCAUCCUGACCCACAGAGCCAUGUUCGGUACCGUCGACUCCUGGCUCAUCUGGUGUCUGACAGGGGGGAAGAGUGGUGGGGUGCACAUCACAGACGUGACCAACGCAAGCCGAACCAUGCUCUUCAAUAUUCACACCCUGGACUGGGACCCCGAGCUCUGCAAAUAUUUUGAUGUCCCAAUGGAAAUUCUUCCCCAAGUGAAGAGCUCCUCAGAAAUAUACGGUUCUGUGUACUCUGGUCCUCUGGCAGGAGUUCCCAUCUCCGGGUGUCUCGGGGACCAGUCGGCUGCUCUGGUUGGUCAGAUGUGCUUUCAGGACGGACAGGCUAAAAACACGUAUGGAACUGGUUGCUUCCUGCUGAGAAACACAGGGGUCACGCCUGUGAUGUCAGAUCACGGUCUCCUAACCACGCUGGCCUACAAACUGGGGAAGGACUCACCAGCCUGCUACGCUCUCGAGGGGUCGGUGGCCAUAGCUGGGGCGGUGGUGCGCUGGCUGAAAGACAACCUGGGAAUCAUCCAGUCCUCCGCAGAGAUAGAGAAGCUGGCAGGUGAAGUGGGCUCAUCCUAUGGAUGUUACUUUGUUCCCGCCUUCUCUGGGCUGUACGCCCCCUACUGGGAGCCCAGUGCACGAGGUAUCAUCUGUGGGCUGACUCAGUUCACUAACAAAUCUCACCUGGCCUUCGCUGCUCUGGAGGCUGUCUGUUUUCAGACUAGAGAAAUCCUGGAGGCCAUGAACCAGGACUAUGGGGUUGCUCUGAGCCAGCUCCAGGUAGACGGUGGUAUGACCUCCAACAGACUCCUGAUGCAGCUGCAAGCUGAUGUACUCUGCAUCCCUGUGGUGAAGCCGUCCAUGUCAGAGACCACGGCGCUGGGUGCGGCCAUGGCGGCGGGAGCAGCAGAGGGGGUCGGUGUCUGGAGCCUGACCCCUGGUGACCUCACAGCCAUCCCCACUGAGAAAUACCAACCCAUGAUCAACCCUGAGGAGAGUGAGUUCCGGUACACACGCUGGAAGAAGGCCGUCCAGAGGGCCAUGAACUGGGAGACCACAGAGCCUAUCAGCAAUGGCAACGGUGCAAUCAGCAAUGGCAACGGUGCAAUCAGCAAUGGGAACGGCGCAAUCAGCAAUGGGAACGGUGCAAUCAGCAAUGGGAAUGGACAGCACUAGUAGGAUCUGAGCCAACACAUUUCACUAGGAACCAUUGGGGGAUACAUGUGGAGUUGAAGAAGGGGAAACAUACAGAAUGAACACCCACCCCCUCCAUAGGUCCACCUAAAUCUGAUUGGUUUUUGGGCAUGCUGCCUUCUUCCUGAGAGCAUCCCUAGUCCACAGUCUGUUACCUCCUCUUAGUCCCAUGGAGAAGGACCCUGCCUGUGAACUUCAUCUGGGAAGAAAGGCCCACAUAUCAAAAGAUGGAAUCAAUUGAUGGAACUAGACUGUGAUAAAGACUAAUUAUCCUGUGGAAGGAAAAAGACCGUCCCUAUCAUGUCUGUUUGUUUUUUUUACUAUGAAUUUAUUAAGCAGCUGAUAUCUUAAUGUUUUAAUUUUUUGUUUGUCUCAUAUGUUUGGUCAUUUUAACAAAUGGUGAUUUACUGUACAUUUUUAAAAAUACUAAUUAAAAUUACACUGGUUAGGAGUAGCUCUAUCGUUGAACAGGCUACAUAUCUAUAAUGUGGAAUGGAAGGCAUGUUGAGAAAUGGUUGCUACUCUGAUGAUCCUAGAUCUACCUAGCUUAUAUAUGGGUCCACUAGAAGGAACCUCUGUAGGAAAAGCGUCGCAGGUCCUUAUAGCACUUUAUAAUUUACGAUUUGCGUCUCGGAGUACAUGAAAUGGGUAUCGUGCUCAACUGUUUUUAAAUGGUAAAUGUGUUUUUUUAAAUCAAUUAACAGUAAUGCUUUUUGCAAGGGAUUUAUCAAUUGGUAAUGAAUGGGGAUGUAAAGGCAAGAAAUAACUCGGUGAAAGAGGAAUCUAAAUGCUAACUGUACAAGAAGGUCAGUUGGUUAUUAAUUACUGAGAAAUGUCAACCUGCAAAAUGGUUUCAGGUCAGACUGUUGUAAGAAGAAAUGAAUCUGUCCAAUAAUAAUAAUAAUAAUAAUAAUAUGCCAUUUAGCAGACGCUUUUAUCCAAAGCGACUUACAGUCAUGCGUGCAUACAUUUUUGUGUAUGGGUGGUCCCGGUUGUGCUUCAUAUCCCAAAUGGCUGCUUUUGACAUUGAUACAGAGAACCAUGGUAUGGACCUUGGUAUGUAUAAUGAUCAUAUACAUUUUCUUGAACUAAUGUACAGUAUGUAAAUCUAAUAUGAAAUCUAAAGCCCCCCUCAUUCUGGGUAUGGGAAGAAAGGGCCAGUAUUCAUAUCAUUUUGAGGUACAGGGGCCCUUAAAAUGAGAUUAUUUUUAAUUGUAUUUUUUUGUCAUGAUUUGAUGAAAUGUUUUAUUAGAUUUUUCUCAAAUGGGUUUGGGUGCCUCCAUUCUGUUGUGAAAAGAUGAAUGUGACUUGAAUGUGACAAUGCACAUUGCAAUAAAGUUUUACUUAAAAAACGGU